AUGGCCCAUCUCGAAGCUCGCAAGCACAUUUCUCCAGACUCGGGCUUUCCGAUCACGCUGCACCCAUCUUUCAAUCCUAAGAUUCAGAAGCACACUCCGCCGGAACCCAUCCGCAGCGAGGUGACACCUGAGCCAGACCGGGCAUCGUUCGCGGAUCCCGAGAAGAAAGCUUUGCUUUCGGCAGCCAGGCAAGUCGACUUGACUGAGUCCAUCGGCACCAUUCUAGAAGAUGUCCAGCUUUCGCAACUUUCACCGCAGCAGCUAGAUGAGCUCGCAUUGCUGGUCUCAGAGCGCGGCGUUGUCUUCUUCAGGAACCAGGAUCUGACCACAGAGAAGCAAGUUGAGCUCUUCCAGCACUAUGGCACUCUCGACAAGCAUCCAGCCCAGAAGGAUGUCAAACAUGUCAUCAUCAAAGGCAGCACCGAGGACCACCGCGAGAUCGCAUCAUAUACGCCGUGGCCAUCAGGAGACUUCCAUGCAGACACAUCAUUUGAGAUCAACCCACCUUCUUACUCGCUCUUGCGCAUGGAGGAGCAUCCGGACGUUGGUGGUGACACGGCCUGGGUCUCCCAGUAUGGGACCUACGACACGCUCAGCAAAGCGCUGAAAACAUACCUGGAUGGCCUGCACGCCGUACACACCUCGCGGUUGCAGUACGACACCAUCCUCGACCUUUGGGGCGUUGGGCCCAACCGCCCUCCAAUCGACACCCACCACCCUGCAGUGCGGACUCACCCAGUCACCGGAUUGAAAGCGCUCAACGUCAAUCCUGGCUUCGUCACUGGGUUUGCUGAACUCAAAAAGCGAGAAUCAGAUUCCUUACUGAGCUUCAUUGACCACCACAUCCAUUCCGCUGAUGACCACUACGUCCGCUGGAAGUGGGCGGUUGACAGUGUUGCCAUGUGGGACAAUCGUGUGGCAGUCCAUCGCGUAAUCCCGGGUACCUAUAAGGGAAAUCGCAAGGGCAUCAGAACGACUGUCUUUGGUGAGAAGCCGUAUUUUGAUCCGAAGAGCGAGGGCAGGGCGGAAAGGUCAGCGCGACUGGUAACAGAGGAAAGCCAUCAGAAUGGCAAUGGCGUCAAUUGA